AUGAAGUUAGAGCCUUUUGCGUGCGGGCUCGUAGCCUUCGGGUCUGCGCUGUUCACCACCGGUAGAAUCGACACGCACUUUCAUGCCCUCCCUCCGCCAUAUGUCGAUACCCUUGAAGAGGCUGGAGGAGAUCCCUCUGGGUAUCCUACUCCAAUUUGGAGUCUUGAGGCUUCUGUCAAGUCCAUGGACGCUAUUGGAACCUCCAUUGGCAUCCUCUCCGUCUCGUCACCGGGUGUCGGAAUCGCGGGCACCGGGGAAAAGGCCCGGACGCUCGCGCGUACCCUCAACCAACAGCUUGGAAAGUACGCCCAAAGCGACCGAUACCGUGGAAGAAUCGGUUUCUUCGGCGUCUUGCCUGAUUUCGAGGACGUCAACGGCACUCUCGCCGAGAUUCAGUAUCUAUACGAAGAGCAGCAACUCUGUGUCGGAGUAACAAUCUUCACCAGCUAUGGCGGCAAGCUUCUCGGACAUCCUCAGUUCGCACCGAUAUGGGCCAUGCUGAACAAGCACGAGGCGCUCGUAUUCCUCCACCCUUCCGUGCUCGACGUGGUUCCUCAUUUCAUCGGCCCUGGGAUCCCACAGCCCAUCGUGGACUACCCCCUCGCGACGACACGUGCGGCUGUAGACUUGGUAAUGACAGGCACGAUUCGCGCCAACCCCAACAUCGACAUUAUCCUUUCUCACGCCGGAGGUACAGUUCCGUUCAUCGGCGGCCGUGCAAUCAACGCCCUUGGAAUCCCCGACAUCGCAGGCCUCGCCAACGUCAACAUCUUGCAAGCGAAGAAAGACUUUGCGCGAUUUUACUACGACAUUGCACUAAGCACGACCGCUGCUCAGCUGGAUGGGCUGUUGGAUUUUGCGAACGCAGAUCACAUCUUAUUCGGAUCUGAUUUCCCUUAUGUUCCCCAAUUUGGAAUCGAUGCUAUUGUCGCUUCGUACGCGAAAUAUGUUGCUACAAAUGCGCGAGGUUCCCAAAUUGCUCCUGAAGUGCUGCGGCGGAAUGGCUUGAGGCUGCUGAACAAGCACUCGCAGGGACAACUAUACGCAUGA